AUAUUUAAUAUCUUUCUGUAAAUCAUGCCGGUUGUAAUUACAGUAUCAUGUCGUUAUUUCUACUGUUAGAAAUAAACAGUGAUAAACCACAUGCUCAGUGGAUUGUAUUCGCUGGUGUAACCUUUCAUUUAUGCUGAAAUUAUGUUUAUAGGGGAUAAAUAUUUCUUUUCAGAAGAAUUUUAUAUUCACAAUGAGUGGUCUGGAGAAACCUGGUCCAAGUAUAUCUCCAAGUGAAACAGAUUCACCAGAUAAAACAAUAUUGAAAUUAAUGGAUCCUAAUAAACAGAAGAAAAUGUUUAUUCUUACACCCACUGUGUUACAAAGUCUUAGACUCAGUGGCCAAAUUAAGAGUGUAAAGGUAUCGACUAUGGACAGUGAUUCCUCGAAAAUAUCUGUAACGCCCAAGAACGUAAGUGCACAAAAGAGUAACAGACAAUCUAAAUUAAUGUCUAGCACAUAUUUCUCAAAAAGCAAAAGUUCCAGUAUUGAAAAAGAAAGUGUUAGUAAUAAGAUCCCAAAUAAAUCAAAGGCUCCUACUGUGAUAGCUAAUGAUCACCAACCAACUAAAAACAAGCAAGAUGAUGCAACAAAAAUGUUACUAUUGAAUCCAAAGGAAUCUAAAACUAUUCCAAAACAUGAGAGAAAAUCAUGCAAUAAGAAAGUGUCACCCACAGUGUUGCCCAAAGACAAAGAAGAUGUAUACUCUGAAAAAAAGAGAUCAAUGAACAUCAUUGAAAAGAAGAGUAAUAUCCAAGUUCCAAAGCUAUCAAGAUCAGGUAGUAAAUCCAAAGAUUCUCGCACUAAAUCCUCGCUUGAAAAUGUUAAAAAUAAUUUUGUCCAGUUACAUACAGAGGUACAAUCUAUUGAAAAUAAAUUAUUGGAUGAUAAUAGCAAAAUGGAUUCAUCGGAAACAAUAAUGAGAGAUAAACGCAAUACCAAAGACUGUGCGAAUAUUACUUCAUCGAAUACAAAGAAAACGAGAAAUAAGAAACAAUCUAAAGUCCUUGAAAAAAUUAACGAGCUUAUUCCAGCCAAGAACAAUGUUUCGUCUAACGUCAUUACUAAAUAUCCGACCAGUUCUCCAAGACAUAUAUCACAUAACGAGGCUUCAGAGUUACAUACCGAGAAUUCUGAUGAUGUUAGUACUAAGCGAAAUGACACACAAAAUGAUUUUGACCUUGUUUCUCCCGAAGUGCAUGAUAAAAAAGCGUCAAAGAAAGUAAUUAAAUGUAUUAAGUCAGAAACAGCAUCUCAAAAGGUUUCAAGUACAUUAGAAUACAAUAAGAAGAAUCGUAUAGUUCUUUCUAAGAAUAAGCGAAUGAAAUUUAUAUCAAAUACUGCAAAAUCAAACAAUCCUCAUAUUCUUAUGAGCGAAUCGUGUGAAACACUGAAUUGUACUCCUGAAAGUACAAUUGCUAGCGAAAAUCUUCAGAACAAUUUACAUAACACCGGCGUUAGUUCACCAAAUUCUCAAAAAACUAAUGCUUCCAGUGAAAGCCAUCUUAAUAAAUCAAAACUAGAUGGAACAUUAUUAAAUAAUGAGGGGAAAUCUGCAAAAUCUCCUACUGCAAGUUCUAAAAAGUUUCUUAUAAAUUAUUUAGAAGGACGCAAAUCAUUGAAUGAUACUAAAUAUAAAGAGAAAAAAGAAAAAGAAAGCACACAGAAUAAAAUUAAUUCUGAUAGCAGAAGUCAGGUCUGUUCUAUUAGGACAACAUCAAGUGAUACAAAUAAGAGAGAGGAAUCUGCACAAUUGAAUAUAACACGUGAUAGAACUUCUCUGAGAUUUAACCAAAGUCCAAAUGCAAGUACUUCAAUUCAAAUUAAAAAUACUACGAGCAUAUGUGAAAUGAUAGAGGAUAAGAAGAUGAGUAAUGACAGAGAAUCAGUGCUUUCUGACAAUGAUAAUAAUUCUGUCAAGAAUGACAAAAUAAUGAAGGAACCUUCAGUUCAGAAUAAAAUACAAAAUCCUGUUAGUUCCAUUAAAAAACUACGAGGUAAACGUAAACGAGUAGAAUCAUCAAGGGAUACUAAUGACUGUUCAAUAAAUAAUGAAGUUCAAGUGAACGUGCCUGUCGAUAAACAGUUCUCUGAGAAAAAUUCUGAAGAUGCACGAAGAUCACCUGAAACUGAAUCUGUUAGCGAAGAUGACAGUGCAGAUAAAUUAAUCAUAACGUUUCCACUAAUUAAACGACAUCGGAACGGUCGUAAUGAACUUAUUAAAAUGAAUGAGGAAAAUAAAACUGAAAUAUGUCAGGAAAAAAUGAUUAAUGAUAUCGACACGAAACCUCCUAAUGUGAAAAAUAAACCGCCUGUAGAUUCUAUCAGAGAAUACGAAUAUAAAUCUUCUGAAAUUAAGAAAGAAGCCUGCCAAGAGAUUACUUUACCCGUUCGAAAAGCAAGAGGAAGACCAAAAAAAAAACCUUCUAACACUUCAGAUCCUCAAACGACUCAUGAGGCUAAUAUCGUUGAGCAAAAUAAUUACCAGGAAUUAAAGCACGAAUUAGAUUCAACUUCACCUCAGGAAAAUCAUAGUCGUCCGAAACGAUCUGCAAGAAAAGAAUCACAUCUAACGGAAGUUAAAGAAUUAAGUGAUGAAAGUAAUAAUGAAGAGUCUUUUCAUGAAGAAGAAAUAUCGCCUAAGCGUAGAGGUCGACCUGUAGGUAGGAGGACAAGGGGCAGAGGCCGUGGUCGUCGUGGUAGAGGACGAGGACGAGGACGGCGAGUUGAUACAGAAUAUACCCCCAGGAUGCCAGGAUCUACUAAAGCCAAGGAACCCAGUAAAUCAGAGAUAAAGAAUGUUCCAUCUAACGAAGAAGUUUUAAAUGUAAAAUGCGUUAAAUGCGAUGCAGAAGUAAUGAAAAAACAAUGGACCAUGCACAAUUUAAAAAAGCACAAUAACAUGAGCUGGUGUGAAGGAGAUGAACCAUUGGAUUUGGAGAACGACACUAAAUUAUUACAAAAAAUUUUGGUCGAUGCUAGAAAAUUGAAAAAAGGUAUACUUACCUGCGAAAUGUGUUCAACGACUAAACGUAGUGUGAAUGGUUUUAUAUCGCAUAUGCUAUUUUGUGGGAAAUCGGGGGAUGAAAGAACAGCUUUACUGGUGACUUGUAAAAUUUGUAAUCGUACUAUGAUGCCUUCUUCACUUGAAAUACAUGAGCGAGCGCAUAAAACUAGUGAUUCACAAUCAAAAGAAUUAUUAAAAAUAUCAAAUACUGUAAAUGUACGCACUAGUGGUAAACGUAAAGCUGCAGAAAAGGCAAUAACUAAAAUUUCGGAAUUUACUGCACUCGUGAAGGAGGAUGAUGGUCCAGCAGCAAAGAAAAUGCGAGUAAUUUCUCCUGCAAUUAAAAAUCUCAUAAAACAACCAACUGGAAAGAAAAUACCUGGAAUUUUAAAAACGAUAUGGAACAAGGAAUUGUCUUCGACAGGAGCUGCUGCAUGUAAGCAUCCUGGUUGCAUAGCCACCUUUCCUUCGGUGAAUCUUAUCAGCGACCAUUAUCUCAAAUGUGAACUUUCACCACCUACUAAUUACACAUGCAAGAUUUGUCAAUUUGAAACGGAAUGUAAAAAUGAAAUAGCAAGUCACGUCAUGGAAAAACAUCCUGAUGAAGUUCUCGAUUCACAAUCGGAUUCAGAUGCAGGCAAAGAAUUAAAUGUAAACGAGAGCAGUGACAAUUAUGAUGACGAUGACGAUGAAGAUAAUAAAAAUGUCUCAUUAAAUACAAAGCGUGAAAUAACCACGAGAAAAAUAAAACGGACUGGUAAUAAAAUGGAAUUUUUAACCUUGGAUGAGACUCGAUUUCCAAGUUGGAGUAAGACUUAUAGUCCGGCAUUUUAUUGGACGUUGGAAUUCGAAUUGAAAAAUUAUCGAUUGAAUCUCUAUGAGACAUUUGUCCCAAAUAGUUUUACAUUACUAAAGAACCAAGAGGCUGCACAGUAUUUGCCAAAUGUAGAGAAAUCUAUUGCUGUAAGUUCAAUUAAGCCAAAACCAGAAAACCGGUCUAAGGAAUCAGAUAGAGAACAUAAUUGGAAGCACUUCAAUAGAUUCGAAGCAAGUCUUGAUACUGGUGUACCUAUGUUUUUCGUGGGUGGUCCAAUAUGGGCCAUGGCUUGGUUACCAAUACCAACACCGAUGUUCGCUGACAAUGCAAACCAAUAUUUAGCUUUGAGUUGUCAUCCCUCUAUGAAAAGUGAAUAUACUGUUGGAAAAGCAUAUAAGGGGAGAAACAUAAUACAGAUAUGGAAUAUAGGCAAAUUGGAUCAUGAAUCUAAAAAUAAAAAUUCUCUACCAGCGCUAUCAUAUGCAGUUGCACACGAUUAUGGUACAGUUUGGUGUAUGGAAUGGUGUCCAUCCGGAUGUUAUGAGAAUGAGAAAUUAUUCAACUCCAAAGAGAAAAAAAAUACAUUGAAAAGAAUGGGACUACUAGCUACUGCAUGUUCCGAUGGAUGUGUACAUAUCUAUUCUUUGCCCUUUCCAGAGGAGUUAGGAUUUGUUCAUAACGCAGCAAGCAAUUUACCCAUUUACAAGACUGACCCAGUAUUAACGCUAGUUGUGAAUAAUAUUAUGUACGAGAAUGGAGAACAAAAUUGGCAGUGUACUCAAUUAUGCUGGACCAAAGAACAGGGACACGAUACCAUUGUUGCUGGUUUCUCAAAUGGUUAUGUAGCUUUAUGGGAUCUUUUAAUUCUUUCGCCUCUGCUCACAAGAAAACGUGGAACAACAUUGUAUUUCAAUGCUUUCCAGCACUUUUUUGCUCAUGCUCAUACAGUUAUGAUGGUAUCAUUAGUUCCAUAUAGUGGCAAACGGUUUCUGGCUACUGGUGGCAUGGAUGCGUGCUAUAAAUUCUGGGAUUUAGAAAAUACCAGCGAACCACAAAAUAUUGUGAAAAAAGGAAUGCUAGUAAGUGGUACUUGGAUGACUCAUUGGCCAGCAGCGGUAACAAGUUACGAUGAUGUUUUUGGUCUGAAUCACACAAAUUCAUAUCUUAUUCCAUUACGUGAGCAUGGAUACAAGAUCUUUCCUCUUCUAGUCACCAAUUCCACAACUUACAGUAUAAGCGUAUCCGACCCGGCUAAUGCCGUGGCACAAGGAAAUCUCGCUGGUGAAGUAGUGACAAUUUUUGCUGGUCAAUUACUCUAUGGUUUAGAUAUGGAGAAGAAACUUCCAAAAAGAAGAGAGGUAUCAUCUUUUGUUCAAAUAGUCAAUUUGAAGAAACCAGAGGAAAAUGUAAUGAAGCGGAAAAGCAAGAAUGAAAAGUAUAAUUAUAUGCCUGACACUUACGAGGGAUUCAAAAAUGAUUUUGGAAUUAUUUUUUGUGAACCAGCUGCGAGCGAAAAGAAAAUCCGUACGAAAGGUGGAAAAGCACAAGUGUUAAUAAUAGAUAGACUUACGCCUGUGAAUGCAGAACAGUAUCCCAUCGUAUCUGUUAAUCGACUCACAUGGAAUCCAAAUACCUGGAGUUUCUUAUGGCUCGCAACAGGUCAUCAGUGUGGCCUAGUAAGAAUUCUUGAUUUUAAAUCAAUGAGCCCUAUAAAGGGGAUCAAGGAUUUAUUGUCACAACAAGCAAAAUCUAUGCUUCAAGAAAGUGUAAGAAACAGUGCAGAAGAAACGAGUAAUACUCUGGACAAUGAUACAUACGUCAAAAUUCCCAGUAUGACCAGCAAUGGAAGCUAAUGACGUAAGAUCAUAAACGUAGGCUUGAAAAAGUUGAUCAACAUACACAAAUUGAAAUUGUAUGCUUACAUUUUUCCAUAUAUGACGCAUAUAAAUAAACUGUUUUUUAAAUUUCUAAGAUGAAUCAUAAAUUAAUCAUCACACUGUGCUUUUCAAAUUUACACUAGCAAAUCAGGGACAACCGGCUGACAUUAUUCUUUGGUAAAUUAUGUAUAAUAUAACUUAUAAGACUAGCAUAUUAAUUUAUAUAAAUUAUUAACAACAGUCACCUGGUAUUCAUAAGACCACAGGAUGGUGCCUUGCAAAUGUCAUUUAAACAAGAUUAAACAACCGAUUCUAUAUUAUGCAUAAUUCACAUUAUCUGGAUAAAUAUUUAACAUAUUUAUUUAACCUAAGUAGCUCUGCUUCCAUGGAAGGAUGAUAAAAAUGAUUAUGUAUUGUGACAAAGCAUUAUUUCUAACAACUUAAAAUGAUGAAUGCAAAGUACAAUUUGAUUGUAGUAUAAGAAGAAUAAUCGCUACUAUUAUAUAAACUUUACACUAGCAUGUUAUUACAUUUAUUAUUAUCAAAAUAAAUAAUUUCCUUUUACACAAA